AACAUUGGCUGUUUCGCGUUUUAAAUUUUGUGUUAUUAGUUGUUUUGCAGCGAAAAAUGCUCAAAUUCUCUAAAUUAUAGGUUCAUUUUUGCUCGAAAAUCUAACCAUCAAACAAUGGCAAUCCACUUCUAUCUGUACGACUGUGAAAAGAAGGUGGAUAUUGCGAUUGCGUCCGCCGAAACCGUCAUUGGUCGGGAUUCAAUUUUGCAGUGUGACGACAAGCGAAUCUCGCGGCAGCACGGCAUUAUAAAGCACGACGGCGAACAGGCCGGAGGUACUAUUCAGAUCACAUCCACCCACUCGAAUCCGAUCUUCCUGCGGACGGAUGACCAGGUGCUGAACAUACUGACCAAAGACCUAACGGCGACGCUGAGGCACGGGGAGAAGUUUGCUCUGCUGCCGGAUCAGUACUGGUUCGAGGUGCGAUUUAAGGAUCCGGAGGUGGAGGAGACGGCUGUCAGCAGUAGCUCUCCGUCGACGGAGGAAACGACUGCUAACGGAAAUUCCAACGGUGAAUUGUUACGGGUACGAACGAUGGAGGAGGUCAACAGUGCAGUUGCGGAGCAGCGGGUUCUGCCCGAUUGGAUGAGUGGUGGAGGAAGUGGGGAGAAACGGAAGAAUGACGAGGAAUCGGAGGCUGAGAGUGCAAAGAAAGCUAAAGGUGCGGAUGAUGCGGACGGAGCCCGCGGAGGCGACGAUGUACCAGUAGUAGUUAAGACAGAUCCGGAUGUUGUAGAAGCGAGCACAUCUCGGCCAAAGUCGCCUUCGGCGGAAGCAGAUAAAAAGGAAAUUAAGAAGGAAACAGCCGACAGUACCAGUUCACCACCGGGGCGGCCGUCCUGUGAGUUCGGAAUCCGCUGCUAUCGGCGCACUUUGGACCAUCGGGCCCAAUUUGCUCAUCCCAACGACAGCGACUACCGGAGGCCAUCGUUUCCCGCGGCACCGAGCGAUGCACCGCAUUGUCCGUACGGUGUGACCUGCUACCGUCGCAAUCCACAGCAUUUCCGGGAUUUCCAGCAUCCCGAUUCAAGUAAGUAUAAUCGAGCUACCACCGCCCCCGCCGUUACGAACCAACAAGUACCUGCAGCUGGCCAUCAGCCCAUCAUCAACGCUGACCGAAGGCGCCGCCGUCGUCUGGCCCGGGACAUUGUCAUAGCGGCCAUGGUCAAUCCGGACCUCUUCGACAGUGACGACGAUGAUGACGGAGAGGACCUUUUCGAUGCCGAGAGCGAUUCUGACGAGUACCGACCGGAUGGGGACAUCGACGAUGGUGAUGACGACGACGACGACGACGACGGCGAUGAUGAAGAGGAGGAAAUCAACUUCCGGGUGCUGAACGAUGACGAGAAUGAAGAAUAAAACCAAGCUCGUUGAUUGGA